AUGACUGUCGAAAAGAUCCCCGACAUCUACGGCCCGGGUACCUUCACAGAUAAAACAUUCACCUCUGUGCCAGAAGACACCGAACGCAUCUUUCGUCUUAUCGCCAGCCAGACUCCCGGCUUCACACAAGAUGAAAGGAUUCUCUCCAAAGUUCAAUUUACUGGGGAGUCGUACCCUGUCAUCCCCGGACCUAUCAAGGCGACUUCGGUAGCUGCAGCAUUGCAUGCUAUGACUGGCGUCUUGGCCGACGAAAUUCUUACUCUCCGCGGCGCUAAGAAUGACGAGCGUCAGAUUACAGUCAACACCACGCACGCUGCCAUUUGGUUUGGUUGCAUUGCGACUGCUUUCUUGGAUGGCGUUGAUGUUGUGAGCCUGGUUAAACAGGGCAAGUUGAAGGAGUUGCUUCCUGACUGGGAGCGAGGAUGGACCGACACUCCUCUCAAAUACCGCGCCACCGGUCUGUACCCUACAAGCGACCCCGAGGUUUGGUAUUCGCUUCAUGGGAGCAUGAAUGCUGAGCCGGUCCUACGAUCUAUUGGUGUAGACCCCUCCACACCCGCCAAGACGCCGGAGGAGGCCGCCCGGCUCAUUGCCCAACACACAUCGAAGCUCAGCCCAGAGAAGAUGGAGAUGACAAAUCUUUUGAACGGAUUCUGUGGCAGCAUUUGCUUCACGCCCAAGCAAUGGCGUGAAUCGGAGAUGGGACGUUCGCUGUCGAUACAUCCCUUGGUAAACGUUCAGAAGCAAGAGCAGGCAAUCCCAACACCUCCGGUAGCCUUCCCGCCUCUGGACCCCAACGACAAGCGUCCUCUAGCUGGUGUCAAAGUUGUAGAGAUGACUCGUGUCAUUGCCGGCCCGCAGAUCGGAACAAUUUUGGCUGCGUACGGAGCCGACGUGAUUCGUGUGAAUCCUCCACACUUACCAGACAUCAACAUCAUGCAGUUGACCUUGAACGCUGGAAAACGAACAAUCGCCAUCGACCUACGCAAGGAUGAAGACGCCGCCAUUCUCAAGUCUCUUGUCUCGGACUGCGAUGUUUUCAUUCAGGGUUUCCGCAUCAACAAGAUGCCGAAGUUUGGUCUUGGCCUCAACGAUCUGCUCAAGAUGGCUGGUGAGCGCGGCCGUGGCAUCGUAUACGUCAGCGAGAACUGUUUCGGCCCUGACGGCUACUAUGCUGAAAGGCCCGGUUGGCAGCAGAUUGCUGAUGCUGCCGCCGGUUCUGCUUACGUGACAGGAAAGUCACUAAAUCUGUCCAACAACGAGGCAGUUCUUCCCAGCUUGCCCAUUUCCGAUAUGUCAACCGGUGUCCUCGGAGCUGUUGGUGCCAUGUUGGGCCUGAAGAGACGGGCAGUUGAGGGGGGAAGUUACUAUUCGCAUGCCAGUCUGACUGGUGUCAACGCUUACGCCCUGACCGAAGAGGUUGGGCUUUAUCCCGAGGCCACCGUGGAAGAAUGCAAGCAACGCUUCCAGUGGGGUGAAAUGAGAGGAUCACACCACGUGCUAGAUCUCCUUGUCACCGUGUGGAAUGGAUGGCAAAGAGUUCUUGGGGAUUACCUGCAGCCCGAGAGUGACUGGUUCCAAAGCUUUCAUGACAGCGCUUUCGACAAGAAAAGGUUGAGCAUUCUGAAGCCUGUGGUCAAGUUCAAGGGCGAGCAAGACACAACUCCCGAAUGGAAGAAACCGAGCGUGCCCUAUGCAAACGAGAGGGCAGAAACAGUCAAGUUUCUUUGA